GCGCUCUUUCAGCGCCCGCGCCCUCGCAAGGCCCAAGCCUCCACGCGACCUAAACGGCGCCGAUCUACCCCCUUUCGAAGAGAACUUCGAGACAGACCCAGCGACAGCUUGACACAUAUUUUUACGCUCUCCCCUCGUUAGAGUUGAAGCCGACACGAUGGUGAAAGAUACCAAGUUUUAUGAUUUGCUGGGGGUUUCCCCAAGCGCUACUGAGGCAGAACUUAAGAAGGCAUACAAAGUCGGUGCUCUGAAGCAUCAUCCAGACAAAAAUGCCCACGACCCCAAUGCCGCAGAAAAGUUCAAGGACCUGUCCCACGCGUACGAAAUCCUCUCUGACCCGCAGAAGCGUCAAAUCUAUGAUCAAUAUGGUGAAGAGGGAUUGGAGGGUGGCGCCGGUGCUGGUGGUAUGAAUGCGGAGGACCUAUUCUCACAAUUCUUCGGCGGAGGAUCUGCAUUUGGCGGUGGCGGUCUUGGCGGCAUGUUUGGUGGAGGUAUGCCACAGCGUGGUCCACCUAAGGCUCGUACGAUCCACCAUGUUCACAAGGUCUCACUGGAGGACAUCUACAAGGGCAAGGUCUCAAAACUCGCUCUGCAGAAGUCCGUUAUCUGCCCUAAGUGUGACGGACGCGGUGGAAAGGAGGGUGCUGUGAAGAAGUGCGCUGGAUGCGAUGGACACGGUAUGAAGACUAUGAUGCGCCAGAUGGGGCCAAUGAUUCAGCGGUUUCAGACUGUCUGUCCCGACUGCAAUGGAGAAGGCGAGAUCAUCCGCGAGAAGGAUAGGUGCAAGACUUGCAACGGCAAAAAGACAAUUGUGGAAAGAAAGGUCCUUCACGUACACGUGGACAGGGGUGUCCGAUCAGGCCACAAGAUCGAAUUCAGGGGAGAAGGAGACCAAACACCCGGGGUCCAGCCAGGCGAUGUCAUCUUUGAAAUCGAGCAAAAGCCACAUCCUAGAUUCCAGCGGAAAGACGACGACCUCUUCUACCACGCGGAAAUCGACCUGGUUACGGCUCUUGCUGGAGGUACGAUUUAUAUCGAGCAUCUGGAUGAUCGCUGGCUUAGUGUUGAGAUCAUCCCUGGAGAAGUCAUCAGCCCAGGUGCAGUCAAGAUGAUUCGUGGCCAGGGAAUGCCUUCGUACCGCCACCACGAUUUCGGAAAUAUGUACGUUCAGUUUGAUGUGAAAUUCCCACAAAACAACUGGACCUCCGAUCCCGCAGCUUUCGAUGCUCUAAAGGCUAUCCUGCCAGUCCAACUCCCCCCCAUUCCUCCUCCUGAGGAGACAAUGACGGAGCCAGCCGACCUCGAAGAAGUUGACGCCAGCCAGCAAGCUCGAGCCGCGGGUGCCAGCUCGAUGGACGAGGAUGACGAGGAUGGACACCCAGGAGGUGAGCGAGUCCAGUGUGCUUCACAGUAAGGUAGAGGAUCAGAGAACGGCCUUCUACGGAGUUGGGAUUUCGUUGAGCAUCAUUCCGCCAAUCAUGCAUAUGUCUGCUAUGGGCGAGUAGCAUCUCAUUAUGACUUAUGUCCACAUGGCUUCAUGAGUGGGAAGUUGGUGAGCCGGUUGCUCGGGCUUGUAAAGCGACUACGUUCAUGCAUUUUCCUUUGUUUCUUUUUCCUUCAAUAGGGUCGACGGUGACUCGUGAGACUAUUCAGAUGGCGUUUAGGCGGAUAGAUAGCAAGAAGAAGAUUUAUUUAAACUUGAAACUUAUGCCCUGUGGAUGUAUAAUCUGGUGCUG